CUCACGGCAACCCAAAAUCGCCUCAUCGCUCUCUUUCUGUCUCGCUGCCUAAAUUUACUACACUCUUCAUUAUUCUUACUCCCCGAUAUUUAUUCGAUAAAAACAACAAUCCGACUACUACACACACUACACCAUGGCCGAUGCGCAGAGCGACGCUGUUCGCCUCCCUCCCGCGCCCGCGGAUGACUACGCUUUCCCCGACCACCGUCUGAAGCGCCGGAUGGCCGACCCAGAGAAGACGCCGUUGCUGCUGGUCGCCUGUGGUUCUUUCUCGCCCAUCACAUACCUGCAUCUUCGCAUGUUCGAGAUGGCUGCCGAUUACGUCAAGUUCAGCACCGAUUUCGAGCUCAUCGGCGGCUACCUCUCGCCUGUCUCGGACGCAUACCGCAAGGCUGGUCUCGCCAGCGCAGCACAUCGGGUCGCCAUGUGUCAGUUGGCGGUCGAGCAAACGUCCGACUGGUUGAUGGUGGAUACCUGGGAGCCCAUGCAGAAACAGUACCAACCCACUGCCGUCGUGUUAGAUCAUUUCGACCACGAGAUCAAUGUUGUCCGCGGGGGGAUCGAGGCCCGCGAUGGAACCAAGAAGCCGGUGCGCAUUGCCCUCCUCGCGGGGGCGGAUCUCAUCCAUACCAUGUCGACACCGGGAGUGUGGAGUGAGAAGGAUCUGGACCAUAUCCUGGGCAAAUACGGGUCCUUCAUUGUUGAACGCAGUGGCACGGAUAUCGACGAGGCUCUGGCCAGCCUGCAGCCCUGGAAGGACAACAUCUAUGUCAUCCAGCAACUGAUCCAGAACGACGUCAGCAGCACCAAGAUCCGGCUGUUCCUGCGCCGCGAAAUGAGCGUCCGCUACCUCAUCCCCGUCCCUGUCAUCAAAUACAUCGAACAAAACCGUCUGUACGAGGACGACGGGGCCGCCACUACCAAUGACAAGGGGAAGAGCAGGCAGUGAUAAAACCGAGCUGUGUACUCUCCCCUUUGAAAAAAGACUUUCCUUUUGCUUUUGUUUCUUUCCUUGUCGGCUCUGUUUGUUGGUGAUCCUGUUCUUGUUUUAUACCCUCGCCGGUUCCCUGCCCCUGUACAUACACAUGAACUGCAGGGCAGAGCCGAUAGAUUAGAUAUUAUCUAACUCUUUUCUUAAGACUAUGGAUGGGUGUGUAGGAGACAGUGAUGAUAGAUAAAAGUAGUAUAUCAAAGAUUCAU